UUGAUUGUCUGAUGUUCUUUUAUAAGCAAAAUAUAUUUAUUAAUUACAAUCAAACUAAAAAUACAUCAACCUUUUUGAUAAAUGAUAAAAAAUACAGUUUGUCUUUUGUGAUAAAAAAAUGAUGUAGCAAAAGAGAGCAAGUAUCUACAAGUAAAACUCGCGAGAUCUGUCCAUAUGAUAGUUAUCAAGCAUAUGGCAUGUGCAAUGGAUCUCAAAAAAAAAAAAGCAAUUUGCACAAAAUUGUCAUGAAGGUCGAAAUCUUGACCACGAUCGACGUGCGUGUUAAGUAGCGAUAUGGAUAGAGAAAUAAAGGUGAGAGGUAAACCGACAAAGGUCUAGACAAAUUUUGGCAGUAGGAGGAACACUAUAAAAUCCCUGCUCAUUUCGACUAUCUACAUCAGUCUCUUCUUCCGAACGAGAGUAGCUGUACACGCCUACCUUCAACAUGAGAACAAUUAUUGCUUUCUUCGCUCUUGUGGCUGUUGCUCUCGCAGCCCCCCCUCAGGAUUACAGUCAAACAGUUCUCGUGAAGCAGACCCCGUUGGACAACAUUGGCAUUGAUGGAUAUAACUAUGGUUACGAGCUGUCGAACGGCCAGGCCCACCAGGAGUCCGCCCAGCUGGUGAAGAUCGACCACGAAAAUGCCACCUUGGCCGUCCGCGGCAGUUUCACCUAUGUCGACCCGGAAACUAACGUCAGGUAUACUGUCAACUACGUCGCCGACGAAAACGGAUUCCGCCCCGAGGGUGCGCAUUUGCCGACCGUCUAAGCCGACUACAACUAACGUUUCAUAUGCAAUUUGGCCUUGCGAUUGUGAUUAUAAGAAAUUCUAGAAACGUUGUUUUUUCGAUUUUUACGAAUUUCAUCUGAUUCUAGCAAUCUGAUUCUACUUUUGUACAAUACCUCUGUUCGAAUAAACUUUGUUGAAAAUA